AUACAAAAUGAAGAUCAUUUACUGAAAAAUUGUCCGCGUGAAUUUUACGCUAUUUUUGAUCAUAUCCGAUAUUUAAAUUAUUCUGAUCGACCAGAUUAUGCAUUAAUUAUGCGUAAAUUACGUGAAAUUUGUAAGCGAAAGCAUUAUUUGCCGGACGAUCCGUACGAUUGGGAAAAGGGUGGAAGAUUUUAUGAAGAACAAUUGCGCGCUUUACAAAAAGGUAAAGAAACAAGAAAGCAAGAAAAGACAGAAUGCAUAUCAGAGGAAAGAAAUGACAAAUCGGAAGUACUGAAAGUCGAGAAGAGUGAAAGAGACACGAAGCAACAAACGGAUGAAAUGAAAUUAAAUAAUUUGAUUUUAACUGUACCAAUGAACGAAAGUUUAAUUGGAACAAACUCAGAUGAACCCGAACAGUUCAAUAACAUUUUGCAACAUUUUCCAACGGAGAAUGAGAAAUGGACACGGAAUAAAGACGGAAGGAAUAUGGAAAAUGUUAACAAAACAGGAAUUAUCAGCCAUGUUCAUCCGGAACAUUUACAAUGUCCAUCGACUGCUGAAUGA